GGCUACGUCUUGGUUUCACAAGUUGGUUACAACUCACACGACAAUACUAGACUAGCAUUCGAGGAUAGGCUACUUUUAAAUUGGCUACAUAAUGGCACCCCGGCUUAAGCUGAUUAACAGAAACAUCAUGGAGGACUUACACGUGUUUAUUAAGAAGUUGAGUCAAUAUAAGUAACUACUUUUUAUGUUGUCGUUUAGUUGUUCAACCAGCAACUCCAAAACAGUCUUGGUGAAAGCCUGAAACAUUUUUUCACCAAAACAUCAAGAACUUCUGCAUGACGUCAGCGCGUCAUACAGCAUACAGUCAUGAGGUAGCCAGCAUUGGAUCUCAAGCGUAAGCUAGCCCAUACACCGGAGAUGGCUAACACAACCGCAUUCUUUUUAUCGUUAUUUUAGAAUGGAAGGUGUGGAGGAGAGGCGACCUAUCAAGAAGACAGAAAGCAAGGCGAAUUGUACCGCGUCUGACCGGCCACCUAGACAGAGGGAGCGUCAGGGGAAAUCACCUCGCAGGCGGCGUGAAGUGAAGAGGUCGCAGCGACGACUGGAUGGUCAAGAACAGCUGUUGUGGGGCGGCGAACCGCGGAGGUUACCUGGACAACAUGAGCUCUCCGAACCCACGGGCUCGACAGUAGAGACGUCUGAUAGCUCUCCCAAGAGAUGGGAUAGGUGCAGACGACCCCAUUUUCUUCAUGGACCAUAUCCAACCACUCAUUUUGGACCCAAAGCCUGCAUUCUACCCAACCCAACCUCAAUCAUGCAUAUCCAAGACCCAGCCAGUCAGCGCUUGACUUGGAACAAGCCACCAGUCAAUGUCCUGGUCAUCAGGAAGAUUCGUGACGAGAGUCUACUGGAACCUUUCAAAGAGCUUUGCCGUUUCCUGGUGGAGGAAAAGAAGUUGAUGGUGUUUGUUGAGAAGAAAGUCGCGGAUGAUGUCACUCUCACAAACGAUGAAGCCUUCUCUUCUAUUUGUAAAAAACUCUGCACUUUCAGAGAAGGCUUUGAUGACAUAUCCCAUUGUAUCGACCUCAUCAUCUGUCUGGGUGGAGAUGGAACCCUCCUCUACGCAUCCUCCCUAUUCCAGGGAAGUGUUCCUCCCGUAAUGGCUUUCCACCUGGGCUCAUUGGGUUUCCUCACGCCCUUCAAGUUUGAGUCUUACAGGACAGAAGUGGCCAAAGUUUUUGAAGGAAACGCGGCCAUCAUCCUUCGCAGCCGUCUGAAGGUGAAGGUGGUGAAGGACGCGCCGGAGCGGAGUGGGCAGAGUGGAGGCCCUGAGGAGAACGGUCUGGAGCCUCACAGCCACGGCAGCAGUGAAGCCGGCAAAGUCACGCAACAGCUGCAGGUGCUGAAUGAGGUGGUAGUGGACAGAGGUCCCUCGUCCUACCUGUCCAACGUGGACCUGUAUCUUGACGGCCGUCUCAUCACUUCCGUGCAGGGAGAUGGAGUCAUUGUGUCCACGCCGACGGGCAGCACAGCUUACGCUGCAGCCGCAGGAGCCUCCAUGAUCCACCCCAACGUGCCGGCCAUCAUGGUCACGCCCAUCUGCCCCCACUCGCUCUCUUUCAGGCCCAUCGUGGUGCCUGCCGGGGUGGAGCUCAUGAUUAUGCUGUCCCCGGAUGCACGAAACACAGCCUGGGUGUCAUUCGAUGGCAGGAAGAGACAGGAGAUCAAGCAUGGGGACAGCAUUAAGAUCACCACCUCCUGCUACCCGGUGCCCUCCAUCUGUUGUCACGACUUGGUGUACGACUGGUUUGACAGCCUGGCUCAAUGUCUCCACUGGAACGUGCGUAAGAAGCAGACACGUCUGUCCGAGGCCUCUGACUCCUCAGACACAGAGAACUGACAGUGCUCCAACCCUGCCCUCUCGGUUUGUCUGUUUGUUGGUCUGUCUUCUUGUUUGUUUGUUUGGGGAUUGUUUCUGUAUCUCUUUUCUAGGCUGAGUGGGCAGUCAUGGAAGUGAGUAGUUACAUGCUGUGUAGCUCUGUAUUGAUACAUACGUCGGGGCAUGUUCAGUGCUGUCAGUACUCUGCAAUGUUAUUUUGUCUUCUUUUCAUUGUCAUUACAUGUGCAAAGCUGCUAUGCUUACAUUGCUCUGUCCUUUUGGUUUACACAUGUAAUCAUUCUCUAGACUGCCUCUUGCGACAGCUCUAGCCUAAUUCAUACAUUCCAAAACAUCAAAACCUGUUGGGCUUUGUGCGGCAUGACUAACUCAUUUAACUAAUAAAAAGGCUUACCUCUGUUCUUUUGACUGGAGGGGGCCUUUGUGCUCGUUUUUAUGGCUGGUAUGCUGCUGAAGUUGUUUUAGUUUUUCAUUUCUUACGCUGGUGAUGGAGAUGCAGACUAGGUUCUUAGAUUUAACAUCCGGAGGACAGAAUGAUGUAAUUGAUUUUCUUGUUAUGUUUAUAGCUAUAACAUGGCUAAUUACAAGUUUAUGAAUUAUUUGUGCAUACAAGAAAUACUAGAGGCUAAACAUGAAAUAUGAAUUAUGUUUAUUAUAUUUAUUACACAGUGCAUCUAAUGGGAUAUCGAUUAUUAAUUAAAGAGAGAUUGUUUAACUCACUUUAAAACAAAAAAAAGUACUUGUCAGAAUUUCCUUCCUUCUUCAUUACAUGGGACGAGAAAGGUUUAUAUUUGUACUAAUUACCACCAGUAGACUUCACACUUUUACUGCAAAUAAAAAUUUAAAUGAAAGAAUAA